UGAACUAGUAGGUGGAAACCAGGGGAAAGGAGCCCCCUCGUCGUGGUCCUCCGCCACCUCGCGGAUCGGCCCCUUCGCAGCUUCGGCCAUGGUGGCAGCAGUACUUGGCCCCUCGGCAGAAACUGUUAGAUGGGGCCCUCUCGAUGGGCACUGCCCACCUGGGCAGGUGCAGAACGCCCGUGCGGCCACAUCUUCGACGAGCAGUGCUGUUUGAGUGAGCUUAUUCAGCCCAGCAUGAACACCAGGACCAAAUACAUAGUCAAGUACCUCACCGCCAAGGCCAAUGCGUACGUGAAUGAGACACACCGAUGCUUCCAAGGCGCACAGCAUGGUGUUCAGCCACCGCAGGCCAGGGGACCUGGGACGAUGGUUCAGAGGACGCUGCACCAAGGUGAAGAUAUUCGAGGAGUACACAAUUCCUUGAUUAUUGGCGGUAGUGCUCCAAAUUUCUACAUGCGGUACUUUAUACGGCGGAUCUUCUCAGACUGAAAGGUUGGAUUGAGCAAAAAAGUGCUUAUUUGUUGGAGCUACAAGACCAAGUUGUAUUUUAAUUGUUGGUGCUGCAGCGGUCUCCUGCACUCGGAGGAGGAGGCUUAGUACCGGA